GAAGAUAGUAGUAACUGACAAGGACAACAAAACAAAAACAAACAAAAACAAACGCAAGCGCAAACGCAAACGCAGCGCCACCUCCGCGUUGUCGCGGCCACAACAUCUCCUUUUAGCAAUGAAAACCUAGCCAGCCUAGUAACAAUAAUAAUGGCUUGUUUGAGCGACGAUUCUUGCUUCGCUCUCUCCGACAUGCUUUCCACUCACACCCUUCUCAGUAAAAGUAAAGAAGAAGAUGAAGAGUCUUCCAAUAAUACUCUCGAUUCCAAGUUCAUGGAGUUGAGGUUAGAGAAGGUUUUCCCCGUUUAUGCUAUGGGGUUCUCCAAGCCCGACCCGCCUCCAAUUGUCCCCCUUCUCAAUUCGGACUAUGCCUCCGAUGAUCCCAUUUGGGACGCUGUCCGACAAGAGGCCAAGUUGGAGGCAGAGAAGGAGCCGAUUUUAAGUAGCUUUUUGUAUGCUAGUAUUUUGGCACAUGAUUGUCUAGAGCAGGCGUUGGGAUUUGUCAUUGCCAAUCGACUCCAAAGUCCCACACUCUUGGCUACGCAAUUAAUGGACAUAUUUUGUAAAAUUAUGAUGGAUGAUCGAGCCAUUCAACGUUCAAUUCGCCUUGAUGUGCAGGCAUUUAAAGAUAGGGAUCCUUCCUGUUUGUCAUAUUGCUCGGCUCUCUUGUACCUUAAGGGUUACCAUUCUUUGCAAACGUAUCGUGUAGCGCAUGCUUUGUGGAACCAGGGUCGCAAAGUAUUGGCAUUGGCAUUACAAAGUCGAAUUAGUGAGGUUUUUGGAGUUGACAUACACCCAGCUGCAAAAAUUGGAGAGGGAAUACUGUUAGAUCAUGGGACGGGUGUAGUUAUUGGCGAAACUGCUGUUAUAGGGAAUAGAGUUUCACUGAUGCAGGGUGUAACAUUAGGAGGAACUGGGAAGGAAAUUGGUGAUCGCCAUCCAAAAGUACGUCAAGGGGCACUGAUUGGAGCUAGUGCCACUAUACUGGGGAACAUAGAAAUAGGUGAAGGUGCAAUGAUAGCUGCUGGUUCCCUUGUAUUGAAGAAUGUAACUCCACACAGCAUGGUGGCAGGAAUACCGGCAAAGGUGAUUGGUUAUGUGGACGAGCAAGAUCCAUCUCUAACAAUGAAGCAUGAUGCCAAUAAAGAAUUCUUUGAACAUGUGGCUGUUAGUUGCAUGGAGGGGAGAUCUUCUGGAGCGUUCAGGACAGAAUGAAAUAAGGGGGCACUUGAAGUGGUAAUGUAUUUUUCCACUUGCUUUUGUUGGAGAAAAUGAUAUAUCCUCCUGUAUUCAACAUUUGAGGUAUAAAAUUUCAUGUAUAGAUUCAAUAGGUCAUUUUAAUCAUUUACAGUCCCUUGCAAUUUAUGCUGAUAUGAAUUUCUCAAAUGGGAUUUUCCAAGUCACAAAUAUUACACAGGACAGAAGUGCCCAUCUCCCGUUUAUUUCUUAGUUUUUUCUUCCUAGAGAAGUCCUUACCUUGGCCAGUGGUGUGAGAAUCGUUUUAUUUAUGAGUUUAAUGAUAGACUUUCGUGUCCAA